AUCAACGACGUUCAUCCCUCUGACAUCUCCACUUCCCCCAAUGCAGUUGUGGAAAACGCUCUUAAGCUCAUUAACUACAAAACGCCGCUUCGCCCAAGUCCGAGACGUCCAAAUUGAAUUUGAGAGGCUUAAGGGAACCAGGGAACGGAACGUUCUCAAGCAGCCUUUGCAACUUCAUAGUACCCGCCCUUUGACGGGCUUUAUGCGGACGGGGUACUGUGAAGCGCCCAGUUCCGAUUUCGGAAACCAUUCAGUUGCAGCCAUCGUAACCGACCAGUUUCUUGACUUCAGCGCAUCGCGGGGCAAUGAUUUGCGGGCCACGGGUCUUACAAAUGGCUGCAAAUGGUGUCUCUGCGUCGGUCGAUGGAAAGAGGCUUUCAAUGCCAGAACAAGUGAUUCUGAUCUCAAAGUUCCGAAGGUAUAUCUGCAGCGGACCAACGAACGGGCUCUCGAAGGCGCAAAGUUGGAGGAAUUAAAGAUAUUUGCGCUGGAUGGAGAGAGUGACCAGUGAUGGGUCGUAAUUUAUCGUUAUAGGCGAGAAUCUUCUUCCAUCCAUAAAAUUGGAACUUCAUGAUGGCAAGCUACAUGCGGUAGGGUUCUUUGACGAGAAUAAUGUGAAUACGGAGCUAAAUG